AUGGAUGAUAUGUAUUUAGAUGUCACGGCUGAAUACACCGAUGAUUGUAAAAUAACUCAAAUUGAAUAUCAUUCAUUUUUACCUUAUUCAACAUCUGCCCUCUCCAAUAACGAUGAAGUACGUAUUGCUUUACAUAACACAGAGUCUUAUACUUUACCAUGUGAGAGUUAUAUUUACAUCGAGGGUACAAUAACCAAACCUACAGAAAUAACUGAAGAAAUUAGAUUUAUAAACAAUGGACUGUCAUUUCUUUUCUCUGAAAUGAAAUAUGAAAUAAACGGUACUCAAAUUCAAAAACUUGUUAACCCAGGUAUUUCGACUACAUUAAAAGGAUAUUGUUCGUAUAAUAAAUCAAAUAUUAUAUCGCAUCAUAACGCUGCCUGGGAUAGUGAUAUUAAAAAUGCCAAUAAAGAUUUUAUCGACAGCGGUAAUUUUAACGGGUGUAUUAAUCUUAAAGAUUUAGCAUCGAUCGAUAUGAAUGCUGUUAAACAGUUUAAAAAUAAUGAAAUAGUAGACGCUCCUAAACUAAAAGACGUUAAAAUAAACAUAACAAAAAUAUUGUGGAGAAUGCCUAUAGUGAAAGUGAGUGAUAGAGAAAAAAUACGACUGUUGAAAGUAAUCAACAAUCAGAAACCUCUAACAUGUGCGUUUAGAUCGUGGGAACUGUGUGAAUAUCCGUUUUUACCUCAAAACACUUCGCAUUCGUGGAAAGUAAAGACAUCUAACAAAUUAGAAAACCCUAGAUAUGUCAUAAUCGGUUUUCAAACCGAUAGGAAAAAUAGCUCGAGUAAAGCAAUGUCAUUUUUCGAUCAUUGUAAAAUUAAAAACGUAAAGGUCUAUUUAAACUCUGAAGUAUUCCCAUAUGAAGAUUUCCAAAGCGACUUUACUAAGAACAAGAUGGCUACAUUAUAUCACGCAUAUACCGAGUUCCAGAAAUCAUACUAUGGUUAUAACGAUGUGACACCUCUAUUGAACCGUUCGGAUUUCAAAAAUCUUUCUCCAAUUAUUGUUGUCGACAUGAGUCGGCAGAACGACAACGUGAAAAUGUCAACCGUAGACCUCAGGAUUGAACUUGAAGUUGAUGAAGCGUUCUCAUCUGCUACUUCAGCAUAUUGUUUAAUAUUACAUGAUCAAAUUAUAACUUAUAAUCCAUUUAAUGGAGAAGUAAGAACCUUGUAA